ACCGGUGGUUCCCCUGCAGUGCGAGACUCAGAUAAGAGAUGGGGCUGGAAACAGAGAGAGAGAGAGAGAGAGAGAGGAAGAGAGAAAGGUGAGUCGCUGCAGAACAACAUUUAACCCGGCUGAGGAGUGAAACAGCGGCACAGCGGCUCAUCUGUUCCAUCCAUUCAUCCAUCCUGAUGUGAUAGCCAUGAUCUCAAAGCAGCCUCAUCCUCUGGUUUUUGGGAAAAUGUCCGUAGUGGUGCUCCUCCUCACCUUUGCCCUCUCGGUGAUCGCUCUACCUGCCGGCACAGACAAGGGAAGGAGAAAAGUGGUGCAUGUUCUAGAGGAUGACACCGGAGCUGUGAUUGUGCAGACAGCUCCGGGUAAAGUGGUGACACAUCGCGGCGGCUCCAUCACUCUGCCCUGCCGCUUCCACCACGAGCCAGAAAACACAGAUCCAGCACGUAUUAGGAUUAAAUGGACCAAGGUGACAGACGCUCUGCAGUUUGAGGAUGUGUUCGUGUCACUCGGAAGGCAGCAGCGUGUGUUUGGCAAGUACAGAGGCCGAGUGUUUCUGGAGCAGGCCGGACCCGGUGACGCCUCCGUGAUUAUUCAAAAUGUCACGCUGGAGGACUAUGGGCGCUACGAGUGUGAAGUCACUAAUGACAUGGAGGACGACACAGGAUUCGUCAACCUUGACUUAGAAGGUGUGGUGUUUCCCUAUUACCCCCGUGUGGGGCGCUAUAAGCUCAACUACCACCAGGCUGAGGAUGCCUGCAAACAACAGGAUGCCAUCCUGGCCUCGCACUCUCAGCUGCAUAAGGCCUGGCUGGAAGGACUAGACUGGUGUAAUGCAGGAUGGCUGGAAGACGGCUCUGUUCAGUACCCGAUCUCUCAUCCCAGAGACCAGUGUGGCCGCAAGGACACCCCCGCCGGUGUCCGUAACUAUGGCUACAGGCACAAGGAGGACGAGCGCUAUGAUGCUUUCUGCUUCACUUCCAAGCUCAAUGGGAAAGUGUACUUCCUCAAACGGUUUAAGAAGGUGAACUAUGCGGAGGCGAUGAAGGCUUGCAUUCGGGACGGCUCAGUGGUGGCCAAAGUGGGUCAGCUGUAUGCUGCGUGGAAGUUCCAGCUGCUGGACCGCUGUGAAGCCGGCUGGCUGGAGGACGGCAGCAUCCGCUACCCGAUAGUGAAUCCCCGCUCACGCUGUGGUGGAGCCCAGCCAGGUGUUCGAAACCUGGGAUUCCCCGAUAAAAAAUUCCGCCUCUAUGGGGUCUUCUGUUUCCGCAAGAGCAAGGAUGACACUACAGGUGGUGCUCAAACGACAAAACCUCCAAUAGGGAGUUUGACAAGGAACAAGAGUAGCAACAGCAUCCCUACGAAUUCUACGAGGGAGAUUUAAAGGUGAAAGACUGUGAGCAGGAGAGAUGUACUUUUAGAGCUGACUCUUAAAACUGUCGCCUAGCAGCAAGACUACAUUCAUUGCUUUUAAUGUAAAACAGUCAAACAAGAUGCAGCCAUUCACAGAUAUACCAGAGAAAAGAGGCAAUGCUGUGGAAAAUUAAGGGUGACAUCUUUAUUAGGGUGAUUUCCCUUUCCUCUCCAGUCAGUCAAUCAUCUUAAGGAGGGAGCACGCUAGCACAUCUGCCGCUGGAAAACUGUGAGAUUAAACAGUAGUUUGAUCAUCAGUCAGUAACAUAUCAGAACACAGUUUUCCCUGAAUGCUCUUAUUUACCUGUGUGUGGGUGUUGAGAUAAUAUUUUAAACCCCCGCUGUGGUUCUCCAGCACUGAGACCCAGACUGAGCCAAGAUCUGAGUGCCAGACUGAGAAUAUUCAUUACUGAGCGAUCUGUCUGACUAUAUGGAAAAAAGCCAAGAUGCCCUGUAAGUUUUGAUUGUACCAAGUGUAAUUGCCUGUAUCUGGAUGCCAUGCUUGGUUAGCAACCCUCUGGCACAAUGCAAUAUUUGAAUGUGAGUCAUUUUCUCAUUAACUAAGGCCUGGCAAUCCCAUCAUUAGAGCUGAACAGGCCAAGUAGUAGAUAUUGCACUAGCUCUGGAGCAUUUGCACUUACUUACAAAUAGCUUUAUUUUAUAACAGUGUCUUGGGUUAGACUUUAGCGAGCAUGUUUUAGUUGGUUAAGAUUAGUUGCUAGGGCUGACUAAGCAAAAAUACAACAACAACAAUAAUGCUAUUUACCUCACAAUAUGCACUUAUUAACUAUCACCUAUUGCACUAAAUGAUACAUGCAACGACCUUUGUUACAGUGUGUGAUUGCAGGACUCUACUGAAUGGAUGGGAAAAAAAUAAAUAUUAAAGUUGAUGCUUUG